AUGACAGGAGUCCUUAUUAACGAGAUCUGCUCCUCCUCGAUGGCUCAUGGAAUUCUUAAAAAGUUUGACGUCCUUCUAGCUAUUGAUGGUGGUCGAAUUGGAAAUGAUGAGACAAUUAAACCCCGUGAAACAGUCUUAAUCAAAGUUUUAAGAGAUGGUAAAGAGCAUGAGUACAAUAUUGCUAAAGUCGGUAAAACCAAGUCUUUUAAGUGCUUUGUAUUUGUUCAUUUCACUCCAUCCUACACUGUUGAUGAAGAGCUUCUUACCAAAGGUGCUUUUUAUGAAAUGGACUUAGCUAAGGAAACACUUGUUAUAAUUUCUCAGGUGAUGACACAUGACAUCAACCAAGGAUACAAGUGUUUUGAACAUUUUCUGGUGUUGAAGGUAAACAAUGUGAAUAUACAGAAUCUGAAGGAUCUAGUUGAUAAAGUCGAGGGAUGUUGCCCUGAAGAUCUUUGUCUGGAGUUGGAAAAAGUCAAGCUCAUAGUCCUCCAAUAUGAAGCUGCUAAAAAGGCAACCACUGAGAUCAUGGAACGUUACAACCUACGUUCAGCAGCAUCGAAGGACUUUCUCUGA